AUGGAAUGUGAAUCAGGACAUUUCGGUGGUUUCCACUUUUUCCAUAUGUGCACAGCUCAGCACUCCUUAUCAGAGUACUGUGAAAACACACUACCACGGGCAAUCGUAGUAUGCUGCCUGUUCUCGUGCGCCCUCGCCGGCGUGGCUCGUGAGAAGCGCGGCUUCCUGAGCGGCCUCCACUCCUCGGACGUGUACAGCGGCUACUCCGCUCCCAUCAUCAGCCUCUCGGAGCCCGUCCUCGGCUACUCCGCGCCCGCUGCCAAACUCGUCCGCGUCAACAAAGUGGUCAACUCUCACCGCGUCGUGGACGUGCCUCAAGUAGUGAACGUGCGCAAGGUGGUGUCCGUGCCUCAAGUGGUGUCCGUCAACAAGCUGGUGGCCGCUCCCAGCUACAGCUCCUACGGCGGCGGACUGGGACUGGCUUCAGGCUGGGACCAAUCAUACUCUAGCGGGUGGUGA